UCAGGUUAUGUGUCUGUUGCUGCCGCGCCGUCGCCGACGCAUGCCCAUCCAUGCCGCGCAUGCUACUGCAGUGCACGAGUACGCGACGUACGCGACAGCCGCGACAGCGCAGAGAGUGAGAGCGAGUGAGAGAACACUUCUGCUGGAACAUAACCUGCAUGAUCAAGCAUGGGGAAAUUGAAUGUGACGAUUCUACGAUAUUUGACUCGAGACGAUUUUCGAGUUUUGACAGCAAUCGAGAUGGGUACGAAGAAUCACGAGCUUGUUCCUGCAUCUUUAGCUGCUCGAAUAGCGAAUUUACGUUACGGAGGUGUUCACAAACUGAUGAAGGAACUGUGCAAGCACAGACUUCUUAGUUACGAACGUGGGAAACAUUACGAUGGUUAUCGAUUGACGAACGCGGGCUACGAUUACUUGGCUCUGAAAGUGCUGGCGCAAAGAGGAACCGUCGCAUCUUUGGGCAAUCAAAUUGGCGUGGGGAAAGAGUCGAACAUCUACGUGGUCGCUGACGAAGAAGGAAAUGCUCCGACGUGUCUGAAGCUGCACAGAUUGGGAAGGACUUGUUUCAGGAAUAUUAAAGGCAAAAGAGAUUAUCAUCGACACAGGAAGUCCGCGUCCUGGCUCUACCUGUCGAGGAUAUCGGCAACGAGAGAGUUUGCGUAUAUGAAGGCACUUUUCGACAGAGGAUUUCCUGUUCCAAAACCGAUCGAUCUCAACAGACAUUGCGUCGUCAUGGAGUUGAUCGAAGGUGGACCUCUAUGCGGCGUGUACGAAGUGGAGGACGUCGAGUCGCUGUACGACGAACUGAUGAAUCUGAUUGUGAAGCUGGGAAACCAUGGAGUAAUUCAUGGAGACUUGAACGAAUUCAACGUCAUGAUAACGAACAGUGGCCGACCGAUUCUCAUCGAUUUCCCGCAGAUGAUUUCCACUGAGCACGCGGACGCUAAAAUGUACUUUGAGAGAGACGUGAAUUGUGUGCGCGAUUUCUUCAAACGACGUUUCGCUUACGAGAGUGAACUGUAUCCAACGUUCGACGAUGUUUCGAGAGAAGACUGUAUCGACGUGGAGAUUAAAGCCAGUGGUCUUACGAAGCAGAUGGAGAAGGAUCUGUUGAGGGAGAUGGGUCUGCUCGAAACGACUGAAGAAGACAACGACGACGAUGACGACGAGACUGAAACCGAAAUCCAACACCAACGAGAAAAGGAUAUCGACGACGACGACGACGACGACGACGACGACGACGACGACGACGACGACGUAGAGCAGCACACGAUGGACGACGACGAAAUCAAUUGUUUGCAACUUCAAGUGGAGAACUGUGUCAGGGAUGAAUUGAAUCCAAUGAAAAUGGCGAACCUCAUCGUUGUUGAAUCGUCGUCGCCGUCGUCGUCGUCGUUGAAAGACCGUGUCGAGAACAUCGAUAUAAAUGCAAGUUCGUUGAACUCUGAGGAAGAUACGAAAUUCUAUGCGAGGCUAGAUCGGCGAGGAUCGUCUAGCGGCUCUGCGGUGAUUCGAGAAAGAUUCAGUGAUUCGAAGAAUGAGGAAGGGUUCAAUGAUUCGAGAAGUAUGUACAGUGCGACUACGGCUUCUACGAUAGCUCCUGAAGUGAUUAAGAAAAGAGUGAAAGCAGCUCUUGAGAAGCGCCUGAGCAAAGAGCGACAGCACUCGAGGAGGGUAGCACUUGCCAAGGGAGAAGCCAAUGCUGUGACCAGAGUCAGGAGAGAGAACAGGGACACGAUCAUGCUAUCCACGGUAGCAGGCGGCAUAUGGGGCUGGGAAUAAAGGAGCACUUUCUCUCUCUCCCUCCCCCGUCCCUCCGAUACCGAUUGUAUUGUACGUAAUUUAUUAAAAAAAAAGUAUUACACGAAAAUAAA